AUCCCAUCUCUACCUCUACGAAGACCUCGUCAAUCCACUCUUGUCUCACGCUCAUAUCUCGACCGCACUCGCUCCACACUCGCUCUAUCUACCUGAUCUAUAGAUUCAUCCACCAAACAAAAUGUCCGCUACAACCAGUACUUCCACUUCCGCCUCGACCGCGGCGACGCCAACCUGCACGGGCAAUGCCUGGAUCAUCCCCGUGCAGGACGUCGCGUGCGCCGUCCGCUCGACUUCUGGAAACUACUCUUCCAUCAUGGAGAAAUGCUGUGGUGUAGCGGAGGUGGAAGACUACAAUGAUGACUGCGGCUUUUAUUGUCUCGCGCAAGGACAGUCCGGCCAGGAUCUGCUAGAUUGCAUUCAGAGCAACGGCGCUAGCUACAAUGAUGUCUUCUGCGGCGGUAACUUGACAGAGACGGCUACGGCGGCGGUGCCCAGCUCGACAUCCGGUAGUGACGACGACGAUGACAGUGAUGCGACCGCGACAGGGGACGCCGCCGAACCGACGAACUCGGAUAAUGCGGCGCCUGCUCAGCAGGUCGUCAACAAGGCCGGGCUGGGGAUCUUGGGCAUGUUGUUCUGCUCCGCGCUUUUGGGGGUUGUGGCGUGAUGCGAAGGCCUCUUGCUAGCAUCCAAGACCUGGCUGUCUGGAUGAGACCGAGGAUGGAAGAAAGAGGAGGGAAUGAAUCACCUGAAUGGGGCGGAAUGAAUUGCCUCAGGCGGAACUUUGUCGGUCUUUUGUUGUAUCAUAAUAUUGAGCCUGCAUUUGUAUGGGCUGGAUAUAUACUUCAUUGUAAUUACGGUACGGUGAGGUGGUUUAAUUAAUGGGUUUAUCUACAUAUUUGUUUGUUUGCCUCGACAAUUUUUUUUUUGACCUACAUCAUCUCGAUUGCGGUUUCUUAUCUUGCCAUGGUCAUGGCUGCCGGUAGUUUUCGAUGAAGGAUUGUGUUAAGAUAAGUAUCGCGAUGAUGCUUCGUGCGGCUCAAUGGUUUGUUUGCCCAUGCAGUCAGAUUUCGAAUAUUAGCUUAUCUGAUUACUCUAUCGAUCUAUAUUCUAUAUAUUUUAUUCUAUACAUUUAUUAUAUA